AACACCUUUGUAUUAAUCCAAGUUUUAUUUCUUUACACAAAAACGGUGCGAAGAUGGGAGAUGGGUGUGAAAAUAUUAGAGCGCCCUCAACUGCACACUUUGUGCUAGUUCAUGGCGCUUGCCAUGGAGGGUGGAGCUGGUACAAAAUCCGGUGCCUACUCGAAGGUGCCGGGCAGAUUGUUAGCUGCCCGGACCUCAGCAGCUCGGGUACUGACCCCUUAGAUGCUAAUACUAUCUUUACUUUCCAACACUAUAAUAAGCCCCUCGAUUAUAUUUUAUCCACCCUGCCACCCGGUCAAAAGGUAAUUUUGGUAGGGCAUAGUGCAGGAGGACACAGUGUUACAGAGGCCAUCCAAAAUUUCCCAGACAAAAUACAAGUUGCGGUAUUUGUUGGCGCUACCAUGCUCCGUAAUGGGUUCCAGACUGAACAAGAUAGAAUAGAUGGAGCGCCUGAUUUGUCUAAAUUUGGGGAAGUAUAUGACUAUACUUAUGAUCAAGGACGUGACAAUCCUCCAACCAGUGUCAUUUUCAAGAAAACAGUUCAGCGUGAGAUUUUGUACCAAAUGAGUCCUUUAGAGGAUUGCACAUUGGCAUCAAUGCUUCUAAGAACAUGUCCAGUUAGAGCUCUAAGUGGAGCCGUAUUUCCCGAAGGUAAGGAUUCUGAUAUGGUGCCACGUGUUUACAUCAAGACGUUACAUGACAAUGUCCUAUCAGUUGCGCAGCAGGAUGUGAUGAUCAAGAGAUGGCCACCGUCUGAUGUUUAUAGUAUUGAUAGUGAUCAUUGCCCCAUGUUUUCCAACCCCUCUCAUCUAUUUGGCUUACUUCUCAAGGUUGCUGCUAAAAUUAGAAAUAAUUAGCUUAAAGACCAUCAUCAGCGGAAGAAAUAAUUAACAUGACAACGGUCUGAUCGAUUCUCAACCCUUGUAACUUGCGGCAACUUUUGUGUAAGACCGCCUUAUUGGAAAGAUCACUUUGAUUGUUUAACUAAUUGGUUUUAUUGGUUAACUAAUUAGUUUUAGUGUUUAACUAAUUAUUUUCAUUGUUUAACUAAUUUGUUUCAGUGCUUAACUAAUUAGUUCAAGUGUUUGACUAAUUGAUUUUAUUGCUUAACUUAUAUGACAUCAAGGUGGUCUUUUCUGUAAGACCGUCUUAUAUAAAAAUUUGUAUGUAACUUGUAAGAGGAA